CAGGCGCACGUCGCGUCGGUCCUCGGAGCAACAGAGUGCUGUGUGUACACCCCCGCCCACGUAUUAUUGUGCUGGCUAGCUUACGAAGCCAGCUAGCCACGCUUCUGUCACGGGAGGACGCCCGGCGACAGCCGAGGCGGAUGAUGCGUCUCGUUAUUCCGCGAGAGGCAAAAUCCCGGGCGCGCCAACGAGCCGAAUGUUGAACAAGUUUUAAUGCGACACCGCGGUCGAGCAUGAUUCUGGCUGGAUCAGACCACUUCUUGGCGGUACCAGUGGAAGCGACUGCAGUUCUGGGAGCCGUUGCCGGUUUCGUAGUAUUAUUGCUGGCCCUCUUCCUCUAUUUGUCCCGGAAGUGGUGCUUCACGCCGCCCUCCUCCACGGCGCUUUUCGGCGGAGUCUGUGUGCCUCUCUGUGAGUCCACCAACAGCUCCACAUCUCAAAUCUCGAAAAACAUAGGGAAAACAUUCUCCUAUUCAGAUCCAGAAACAAGCUCAGAUUCAGAGGAAGACGCUCUUCGACGAUUAAACUCGCAUUCACAUCCUCCACCGGAUACAUUAACUAUCCAAGCGGAGGAUGUACCAACGACCAUCGUAGAUGCUGGGACCACUUCCAGUAGCUGCACCGAGGAACAUUCCCCAACGGAUCAGCAGCAGUGUGUAGUGGAAGUUGGGGCAUCUAACAUUAUACUCGACAAUAGAGAACAGGAGAUAGAGGUCGAGCAAAAUGAAUCGACGACCAAUGAUGUCAUCACAACGAUGGGUACGAUGGUUACCGAGGAAGUUGGUAGUCUGGAAGUCGCUUUCUUAUACGAUGCCCCAAUGCGCGAGAUGACAGUUCACGUGUUACAAGGACGAAAUUAUCCUCCCGGCAUCGGCGGCAGUCAGGUACGAUUAGUCUUGCUGCCAUCAAAGAAGCAAAGACGCAAGACUCGAGUUCGACAAGGAACAUCGCCGCAAUACAUGGAGAGCUUUUUACUUCCUCGCGUAAAUCCGGAGGAUGUAAACGCAAUGGGAGUACGACUUAGGGUAUACCUCUGGGGUGGCAGAAUGAUGCGUCGGGAGAGAUUGUUGGGCGAAGCCAGGGUAUCCUUUGAUCAGAUUAAUCUUCAACUGGAAACGACUCUCUGGUUGACUCUUCAACCGCCGCUUUCUUCUUCGGCACAAGAUUGGGGAACUACCAGCAGUCUAACUCGUAGCGAUUCCACGGGAUCUCAGCAGUCGGUUCAGUCAUAUGCCUCUACAGCUAUACCACCUUACGGCAGCAGUAUGAAAGGUGGUAGCGUUGCCGAAAUUCUAAUCGGUCUGGCAUACAAUGGCACGACGGGCCGCUUAUCAGUAGAAAUAAUUAAGGGCUCCCAUUUCCGCGGUGGAGGUGGAAAUGACACGAAACCACCUGACACCUACGUAAAAUUGGCCCUUGUUGACAGCAACAAUCACGAAAUGGGCCGGUCGAAGACCGGUCUAAAACGCGCUCAGCCAAAUCCUCUCUACAAGGAAACUUUUAUAUUUCAGGUCGCGUUGUUUCAAUUGGGGGACGUAACGCUCUUCCUAUCCGUAUACAAUCGUCGGCGGAGCGGAAUGGGUAGAAAAGGACGAGAGAUGAUCGGCUGGCUUUCUAUGGGUUUGAAUAGCUCCGGAUCUGAGGAACUGCAGCAUUGGAAUGACAUGCGGACGGCGAGGCAACCGACGCAAGUACAACGCUGGCACUCGCUAUUGCGUCCUUGAGGCAUUCUCGAUGCGAUUUAUCUUCGAUGUCGAGGAUCCCGGACGAUCAUGUGAUGUUAUCGACAUCCUGGUCCUCUCAUCGUGCCUGUCCUGUCACGUGGUACGACGCUCUCCGACUCGACAUGUGCCUGAGCCAAUCUGGAUCCUUUAUUUUUUACUUUGUGCCUUUCAUCCUCUUUAGGCUAUGUGCCACGCUAAAUGGAGAAUCGUCGUAAUGUAAGUGAAAUUGUGGCCGAGCGGCAUUUGGAAAAUACACGAGUUAGUUACAUACAUCUCUUGACUUUAUAGUAUUGUAACAGGGUGGUCAUGCAACAGAAAAAAAAACACAGAAAUCUCUAAGUUUGGAAAUAUUUCAAGAGUGAGGAAACUCAGAGAUUUUCGGAAAUAUUUUGGAAAAACAUCGAGGUUUCCUUAAUAUUGCUAAAAUAUUCCAAAAGAAGUAAAAAAGCUUCUGUAAUUUUAUAAAAUACUCUUAAAAAUUGGCAGAGCCUAAAAAAAUAAACAAAUCCUUAGAGAUUCGAUAAAAAAUUAGUAUUUCAUUUUUGGAAGUUUCUAAUUUGGUAAAUUUGAGAAUUUAGGGAUUUGAUGAACUUAUCGAAACGAAUGAUUUGUGUGUCCACUCUGAAAAUGGAUAACAUCGACACAGUGAAUUACUAUUAUACAGUCAUAUCUAUUGUUUCUAUAGAGCAACGAAAUUAUUGAAACACAUCUUUUGAUUUCUUGCUUUUUUUCUCAAAUAAUAUAGCUACUCUAGCAAAUAUUCUAGUAAAUUAAUAUUGAUAAGUAAUAAGAUUUUGAUGAAUUGGAAUAUUAUUCUUUUCUUAAAACUUACUUAUUCAUGAUAUUUUAAUUUUUUAUUUAAAAAAUAUCAAGUCUCUCUCUCUCUCUCUCCCUUUCUCUUUUUUCUGUUAUAAGCUUCAAUUAAAAUAGUUCUCAAAAUAAACUAAAAUUAUCACAUCAUAGAAUGUGAAAUUCCAAGAACUAUUAAUUAUUUUUUAUAUAUGUUUUCACACAUUUAAAUUUAAAAUACCGCCAGAAGAAAAAGUAAUUUUUGCUUUGCCAAAAAAUACAUUUUAUCUCUUUCGAUUUAUACUAUUUCUGUAAUACUCAAUGAAUAUGUUGCUCAUUAUAGCUAUAUCACAUAUAUUUCAAUAACAUCGUUGUCAAAUCAUAAAUCAUUGCUGUAUUAUGCUGUAUCAGUGUGUCGAUAUUACCUGUCUUACGAUAUAUAAUUGUAUGUAUGUACAUAUAUUUGGACGAAUAUUUGCUUGUGUUUGUUCAUAUAAAUCGAUAUGACAAAUACUGAGCCCGUGUUCUCGCUGUGCAUUUAACAUUGAUUAUUAGAUUUCUACUUAGUAUCGAUAACACGAUACUCAGUCUUAUUACCGCAACUUAAACAUACCUGAAUGAAACACUCUAAGUGAAUAUAUAUUUAAUUCUGGAGAGAACGAUGCAAGAUCAAUGUCCAGUGCCAAGAUUUGUUAUAAAAAUAGCAACAAGCUAAUCCGUAAAAAAGAUAUUGUUAUUAAAAACUAACGAUUUAUAUUGCUGCAUAAUAAAUUAAUAGAAUCGUUAACUAUAAUAUUAAAUUAAAUUAUUUCAAGAUUAUCGAGAUACUCAAUAUUAAUCGACAUUGUCUCGCAAAAUUUUUAUUAACCGUUUCAUCUGUCGUUUGUAAAUCUGUACUUAUAUACAGUUAUGUUUAUUUGAAUGCAAUUUUUAUUAAUCAUCAAAUUAAUUUAAUUGAUCAAUCUUUCAACUCUAAAACAUUAUUUUACGUUUCAUUCAGGUAUGUCUGGAAAAAAAAGAUUAAAAUUAGCAGACGGAUUAAAGCGACAGAUUAUAGCGGUAAGAUAAGAUUAAGAACACGGGCAUCUCUCGAGAUGGUUCGAGAAUGGAUUGAUACACGGAGAAUUAGUGCGGAGAAUUAGCGCCGGUGUGGUGAUGAUUUAGCGAGACUUCGAAUCGAAAUGGAAUAAAAAAGCGAAACGAACAAAUCCACAAUUUAACGACGCACAAUGACUCGCUAAACGCAGAUGUGUUUGUAGAGUCGAUAUAAUAUAAAUGAAAUAGAAACAUAAACACAAGAUCAUGCAUACACGUUAGGUUGUAGAUACGUGAUAUAAUCUAUGCAUAAUAUUAGAAUUUUUGAGCAAGGAGGUCUCCUCAUCAUACUAAAGUUAUAUUAGAGAAUAUGCAAAAAAGAAUAGAGAAGAGAUGUUUUGAAAAUGGAUUUUUCACAUUAAAUAUCAUGAAAUUAUUUCGAUAUAAAGAGAGAUGUCUACAAAAACAAUUCUCUUUAUAAAACUAAUUUUAUGUCUAUGGAUUCAUUAACAAAUUUGAAGUCAAACUUUUUAGCAAAUUUGAUUGAGUUUUGUUUUUAUACACAUAUUUAUAAUUUUCGACAUUAAAUACUUUGAUAAUUAAUGAUUUUUUUUUAUUACCUAAUAGCAACGAUUCUUAGAUUAUAUGAUUUAAAAUUAUUAAUAAAUGUGCAUACACACAACAUACUCAUAUAUAUACAUAUAUAUACACACAUUGAUGAUAAUGCGGAAGAUGGGUUUAAACCAAACAAUCGUUAGGGAACCCCCCGGAUCAGCGGGAAAACCAGCCACUGAUUACAACGGACAAACAGAUGCUGUGAAUCAUUUAACGCUUGAUCUUUUCAAGCCUUUAGUGGUAAAUUUUUAUCAUGGUUAUUAAUCCAUGCUCGAACUAUUCUGUCUUAUUUACGUUUUAGAAGUAAAAAAUGACCAGGGCUCAGAAGUCUUCUUUAGGGUAUGGAAUUUUUUUAUCGCACAGCGCGAUUUCUUUUUAUAUAUACACAUUUAUACGUAUUGCGAAUAAUUUAAUUAUUGCAAAUGAGAGUUUAGAAUAUCUUAAGCUUACAAAGUCUUAGAGAGAGAGAAAGAGAGAGAGAGAGAGAAAGAUUCAAUGAAUCAUCUUUCAUUUAUAAAUCUUUUUUGCAAUUUAAACUGGAUUUUUUUUUUCUAAGAAAACAUGUAAACGUUUUCGUACUUCCGAUUUUGAUCGUAAUUGGAUAUGUUAUGAAGAGAGUGAGAAAAUUUAUGAGAUAUUUAUACUCUUAUAAUUCUUCAAUACUUGAUAUUUACUUACUUACAGAAUGUGAAAACUAUAGCUGUGAGUUAAUAGAAUCGAUUAAAACAGAUUCUAAAACGCAUUUAGGAUAUAAACGUGAUAAGAUUUGCAUUUGUUUUUUUAACCACAUUAUGUAUAUUAACUGAUAUUAUUGUACUUCUGGGUCCUAGCAAUAUUAUCGUACAUCUUAAUACACAGUCUGUUUAUAAACAGCACGAUGCUGAAAAGAGGAGUGAAAUGUUUAAAUAUGUAAAUUAAUUAACGCGAGUAGUAUUAAUAUCUCUCUAUUAUAAGAUUAUUAUUGAACAUUUAUUUUACACAAGACACAAACUAAACUUUGAGAAAAUGCAAGGAUUUCCAGUCAUAUUAUGUGAGUAAUAUAUGUUGAAUUAGCAGGUAGUUUUUCAGGGUAAUUUUUAGGCCUUUUAAAUCUUUGAAUUUAAUAUAAUGUAAUUGUGAUAACAUUAAUCUUACAAGUUUUCUAGUGUUUUGCAUGAAAAGUCGAUAUUGGAUUUGUAUAGGGAGUGACUGGAUCACCAUAUUACAUUUUAUUUUAGAACACUGCACUGGGAUUAUAUAAUCUCUAGUUAGAGAUCUUUAGAAAACGUGAUAAAAUUUUCACGAAUUUUCUUUUUAGAAAAAAGUUUCCUAUAUUUGACUCUUAUUAUUCAUUGAUACUUGCAAUAUCAAGACGAUAAAAAGCCGAGAGAUCUGAAGUUCCAACAUAUGAAUUGCUUUGUUACAUUCCAUAGAUACAUUUGUGAGAAUAAGAACGUACGAGAAUUGCUAGAUUAGGUAAUAACGAUUACUUGUUAAUCGCUAUAUCAUUUAAAUCUUAAUAUUUCGUCAAUUUUUCAAAAUCGCGAAAUAUGAGAUAAAAUCAUGAGAAAGAUACCAGAUCGCGAAGAUUAUAAACAGACUAUAAUGUUGGAUUUUGAUCUAUAUUUUAUCUAUAGCACCCGUUUCUCGAUAAACAUUAAUUCAAGUUUGAAUGUCUACUGCACAAACUAAUUAUCUUAAUCAAUGUUAUUACGCGUACUUAUAAAUUAACAAUAAUUAUUACAUCUCCAUCGCGUUUUAUAAAAAUGUAUUCUAUCAAUAAACUUACAAUUAUCGGAA